ACAAAGAAGCUCAUAGUGUCAUUUGUAGCUAUUGCUGGUUGUUGGCACAAACUAAUAUGUGGUUGCAUAAAGAAGUUUUAGACUUUUGAGUAAUAAAGAAAUAGUUUUUUUUUUCAAUCCAACACCAAUUGUGGUAACUAUGUCUUGAACAUAUCUUUCCUAGUGUAUCAUGGCGUUUUUCCUGGCGAGAGUGCGUCGUAACUUGCUUACCAGAGCAUUUCCACGAUUCGCAUUGGGCGUUGUUUUUAUUUAUAUUUAUUGUGAAUACCUCAUUUAUUAUGUCACUCAGUUACCGUGUGAUUGGCCAGCAUUAAAAGAGGAGCCAGUAGAAGAGCCUGUAUAUGCAAUGGUGCUGGCUGACACACAUUUACUAGGCUCUCGGCAAGGCCACUGGCUGGACAAAUGGCGAAGGGAAUGGCAGAUGCAUAGAGCAUUCCAGACAGCCAUGACUUUACAUAGACCAGAAACUGUGUUUGUUUUAGGUGAUCUUUUUGAUGAAGGCAAAUGGUGUUCAGAGAGUGAAUUCAAUGACUAUGUAGACAGGUUCCAUAAAUUGUUCAAAGUUCCUGAAGGUACUUCCAUGCAUGUAGUGGUUGGCAACCAUGAUAUAGGCUUUCACUACAGUAAGAAGCUCACAAGAGAAGUCAUAGCAGCUGGUCCUGUAGAAGGGGACAAGUUUCGCAGGAUUACCCCGAAACUGGCGCGGCGAUUUGAGAUUAAGCUGGACGCACCUCCAGUAAAAUUAGUGAGCAUAAGAGCCAAUCACUUUGUCCUAAUCAACUCUAUGGCUAUGGAAGGAGAUGGCUGUCGACUCUGUACUAGAGCUAUGAAGAAAAUAGACCGGAUUGCAGAUAUUUUAAAAUGCAGUAAUGGAUCUCCCUUGUGCAAAGGAGAUGUAAGGCUAGAAAACUAUACAAGGCCUAUAAUUAUGCAGCACUAUCCUUUCUACAGAGAAUCUGAUAGUAUAUGCACAGAAUCAGAUGCAGCUCCUUUGCCGGAAAGAAAUAAUUUAUUCGAAGAGCGCUGGGACUGCCUUUCUAAAGAGUCUACUGAGUAUUUAGUUGAGAAUCUGUUACCCCGUGCGGUGUUCGGCGCACACACGCACCAUAGCUGUAGAGUAAGGCACAGCUUCAAGCCGACCACCAAUCAUAAGAUUGAAUUUGUUGAAUACACUGUACCGUCAUUUUCGUGGAGAAAUAGGUUGGAUCCCAAGUAUUAUUUAGUAACAGUGAGCCCCGCAGAGAUACAAGUGUCAAAAUGCGGGCUGCCGCGUGAGUGGACAAUGCAGGUGACCGCUGUCCUAAUGUUGAUGGUGUUACUGCUUUUCCUAAGAUAUUAUGGCACUGGAAAUUACUUCAACUAUAAACUUUUGAGUACCAGAGCAACGAAAUUAACUCCGGGACACUACCCAGAGCACGCCGACAGGGACCAAAUGGGAAAAGUUUCCCAAUUUCGUCCUACCGGGAACCGAAUCCAAUCCCUCUUCAUGUAGCACCCACAGUGUUAACCGCUGGGCCACAGAGAGUCGGGAAAAAGAUGUAGCAAAAAAGACUGUCAUGGCUGCAUAUGUAGGUUGUAUAUUUGUAUGGUUGUAUUUGUAGGUUGAUUAUUUAUUAAUUACAUAAUCGAACAAAAUAUUUUGUGAUGGACCAGCUGACGUUCAAUGAAUCUUUGUUACUGUUCAUAUCAAAUUAAUCUUUUAUUUUGUGUACAUACUGUGAUUGUAGCGCAAAAUCUCACACGUACUGCAGUGUAUAAACACUACAGUACUACAGUGAUGAAUGACUUAUUGUUUUCAAUACUAUUUUUAAUUUUUAUUAUGGACUAAACUAAGAAUGUGUAAAAUUAGGGUACGUAUAAGUACAAUGC